GAAAACCUGAAUACGGAACUGAAGCAGCAGCUCCGAGUUCCUUGCUCUGAAGUGGCAGUCAGAGAGGGAGUCAGGCGAGGACGUGAGGAGCCAGGAACUUAGAGCAGACGCUCUCGUUAGUGGAGAUGUGGAAGUCUGUAGUGGGGCAUAAUGUAUCUGUUUCCGUGGAGACCCAAAGUGAUGACUGGGACACAGAUCCUGACUUUGUGAAUGACAUUUCUGAGAAGGAGCAACGGUGGGGAGCCAAGACUGUCGAGGGCUCUGGACGCACAGAGCACAUCAAUAUUCACCAGCUCAGGAACAAAGUAUCAGAGGAGCAUGAUGAUCUCAAGAAGAAAGAGAUGGAAUCAGGGCCUAAAGCGUCCCAUGGCUAUGGAGGUCGGUUUGGAGUAGAAAGAGACCGAAUGGACAAGAGUGCUGUGGGCCAUGAGUAUGUUGCUGAGUUGGAGAAGCACUCUUCUCAGACUGAUGCUGCCAAAGGCUUUGGGGGCAAAUAUGGAGUUCAGAGGGACAGGAGAGACAAGUCAGCAGUGGGCUUUGAUUAUAAAGGAGAAGUGGAGAAACACGUGUCUCAGAAAGAUUACUCUCAUGGCUUUGGUGGCCGUUAUGGGAUUGAGAAGGAUAGACAGGACAAAGCAGCUCUGGGAUAUGACUACAAGGGAGAGACAGAGAAACACGAGUCCCAGAGAGAUUAUGCCAAGGGCUUUGGUGGCCAGUAUGGGAUUCAGAAGGAUCGAAUGGAUAAGGUAAAGCACCAGAACACGGAAGUGGAGAAGGAAGGGACAACAGCUCAAUUCUUCUUCCCUGUGUUGGUAGCUUCUAGUGGUGCCCGUGGGCUGAUGGCAAAAUUUGAGUCCAUGGGUGAGGAGAAGAGGAAGCUGGAGGAAAAGGAGAAGGCUCAGCAGAUGGCCAAGCAGCAGCAGGAGCCAAAGGCCACAGUAAAGGCCAUGGUAAAGGCCGCGGAAAACACGAGCCACGAGAAUCAGCAGUUGGUGGCGCCUGUGGAAGAACCAGUGGCACCGGCUCCACUGCCCAAGAAAAUCUCCUCUGAGGCCUGGCCUCCAGCAGGGAGUCUUCAGUCAUCAGAACCUGAGCCUGUGAGAACCAGCAGAGAACAACCGGUGCCCCCACUGCCCAUCAGGCAGAAUCCUCCAGAGGACAAUGAGGAGCCCCCAGCUCUGCCCCCUAGGACUCCGGAAGUCUUCCAGCUGGAGGAAGAACCAGUGUAUGAAGAGGCACCUGAGCCUGAGCCUGAGAAUGACUAUGAGGAUAUCGCGGAGAUGGACAGGCAUGAGCAGGACAAAGACACAGAUGGGGAUUAUGAGGAUGUGCUUGAGCCUGAGGAGUCCCAUUUUCCUUCUGCCAUGGCUGGAUCAUCAGAUUGCCCGCCUGGGGCCAUGGGCAUCUCAGCUAUAGCUCUGUAUGAUUACCAAGGAGAAGGAAGUGAUGAGCUUUCCUUUGAUCCAGAUGACAUCAUCACUGACAUCGAGAUGGUGGAUGAAGGCUGGUGGCGGGGGCGUUGCCAUGGUCACUUUGGACUCUUCCCUGCAAAUUAUGUCAAGCUCCUCCAGUGACUGGCCCUCUGUGUAUACUGCAACUGUGACUUUCAUGUCCUAAGUGGCUCUGCCUCCAUGCCCUCCCUAUUCCUACUGCAAAUGUCUAAAGUGUAUGGGCUGCCUGAGGCUCUGGACAGGCUUCCCUCUCCCUUUCAGUAAGGGCUUGGGGCAGAGAGAGCAUGAGGAAGGGGUCUCCUUCACCUCAGUGUCCUCUCUGUCCUGGAUGAGCUCAUGGACACAUAUCUUGGGGUCCUGACUCCUUCUCCACAAAUGUCUCCUCACCCCCAUGCUCUGCUCUCCAGCCUCGUGCUCCAGGCUUUCUGGUUUGCUUACCUGGGAAGGUGUGUCUAGAUUACCUGGUUUGCCUGGUUAUGCUGUCUUCCCACUUUCAUUCCCUGUAAACAAAUCUCUGAACCUUCUCUCUGCUCAGUCCUAAAGUUGGAAAUAAAGUGGGAUGAUGGCUCA